AUUUCUCCUCUGCAUAUUGAGGAUACCAGACUGGGAGGUCGCAGGAGACCACGCGUACGAGCAUGACCGGCGCCAUGCAGGGCCUCAAGCACGCCGCAGAACAGACCAAAGUGGUCGUCAAGCUACCGACGAAAUGGAUCCACAUGUAUGGCGACUUCAUCACCAAGAACGCAGGCGCAGUGGGACAGGUCGAAGGCGCAUUGCGAUCUCUCACCUAUCUCGCACCAGGAGGUAUGCGCAUGUCCGAUGUGGGAACCGAAGGACUCAACUCCAGCCUCCAACUACUGUCGCUAUACCAUGACAACUUGCUCUCUCGUGCGCUGGCGCACACUCUACGAACACAACCGCGACACCAGAGUCCUCACAACCGAUACACGAGAUUCUAUUGCCAGAAGAGCCCGACGUAUCGAAGGAUGGCGACCACCUUGACAGUCGUGCAAUACACCGAGCUUCUGUUGGAGAUGAUGGCGAAGAGGAAGGGCGAGAAAGCGAAAUGGAGACUGGUGAUAUUCCUCGAGGCGGUCAAAGCAGUUUGCAGGCUCAUCAUGAUGCGCCUGACAAAUUCGCGGCCACUGCUUACUCCUCCUCUGCCCGAGAGAGAGGUCGUAGAAGAGAAAGCCGCACCAGAGGAAGAAGAGCUAUCCACACCACCGUCAGAGCCUUCAGAGCCCGGUAGCGAACAAUGGACAAUGCCUCGGACCUCCCUCACAUUACCACCUCUGCCAGAUGCGAACGAUAUAUCUUCAUACCUCUUAUCGAAAGUGCUCACGGCAGACGACAUCAAGCCUCCCAAGCAACUUGUCCAUCGCACAUCUGGAUUUGGUGAGAUCGCUGAAGUCAUGUUCAUUCUCCGGCCAGUAAUUUACGCGACUGCAAUGGCAUACUGGUGCCAGCGAGAAGAUGGCAGAGGCAAAGCGGACUGGAGACCUUGGUUGCUCGGACUGAGCAUUGAAUAUGGCGCGCGUUCCCUUGCGAAGCGCGAUCUUGACAGCAGGCGACCUGGAGGCGUGGCACGCGGUCUCACACAGUUGGAGCGAGAAGAGAUCAAGAAGCGUGGGUGGUCACUCGCCUGGUGGACGAUGCGAGGGGCGUUCUAUGAGAACAUUACGAGGACGAUGAUUCAAGGUGCGGCUAAUAAGCUGAAGGGCAAGCCAAUCUUGGACAUGGUCGGAACGUUUAUUGAAGACUACGAGUUCCUGUGGGAUGAAUACUACUUCCCGACGGCGACACUUUGAAGUGAAGCGGAGGGGGUAUUCAUAUGUUCUUUGUUUUUCAGCGAGCGUUGAUUGAUGAGUACAGCGAAGGUAUUGCCGUGUGGUUUCCAAGUAUCACACUAACGGGAUACCUAUAUCUAUUAUCUAUGUAUGCAUGAUAACA